AUGAAAAACGAAAUUUAUAAUUCAUUUUUUCAAUUAAAACUUGUUCGUUGCCACUCUAUUAAAGAGAUUUAUUUUUUAAACGAAACAAUGUUGUGUGGAAAUUCGGAACAAGUAGAAAACAACAGCGUAAUAGUUUCACAGAUUACGAAUCCUCAUACACCACAAGAUUUCACGGUCUCACGCUUAUUAUCGACGCCAACUAACUCCUUAGAAUGUAAUGAAACUUCUACGGCACCUGCAUGUAGAAGACCCAGAAGAAGUAGAACAACAUUCUCGGCAGAACAAUUAGCCGCUUUGGAAAGAGUGUUUGAAAGGACGCAUUAUCCAGACGCUUUUGUUCGAGAAGAACUUGCAACACGUGUCUCUUUAUCGGAAGCCAGAGUACAGGUAUGGUUUCAAAAUAGACGCGCCAAAUUUCGUCGGAAUGAAAGAAGUUCUGCUAUUAAUCGGGGCGUCUCUACUAACAGAGAAGUAGAAACUACUUUACCUUUAAGGCCUAUCAGAAUAACGCAUACACAGGAAAAUAAUUCGGAGAUUUUGCAAACUCCUCAAGUGACGCAAUAUCCCUAUAGCGAGUAUUGGAGAUCGUCGCAGCAUUACACCUCUAUGCAAACAUCUACCUGCCAUGGAUUUAUAAAUAGUAAUUUAGGAAAUGUUAAUCUUCCUUCGUAUCAUCAGGCAGAAAUUCACGGAGGAUCCACGAUGAGCAAUUUAAAUGCAUUACGAUUCAGGACGCAUCCAUACGGAACUUCAUAUUCUCCCAUGCAUGCAAGCAUGUAAUCUCUCUCUCUCUUUCUCUCUCUUUCUUUUUUAA